AUUGGUUUGGAAUGAGGUUGUUUCCGGGAACUAGUCAAAACUCAGCCAAGGGCGGACGCCACAACUUGACUGAAUUUGAGGUCCACUGAUUUUGAAUCCACACAAAAGAGGAUGUCGGUGGCUAUGACCAAGGCGGACGGAGUCACGAUGCUGACUCUGACCACCGACCCCAAAAGUAGCUGGCCCCCGCUGUGUCAGAUUCUGGGAGGCCUGUGUUACAGCCCCGUUUGUUGCUCGGUGUCCCGUCACUUGAGAGGUGUCAUGGGGACCUCACAGUCAGUUUUGGGGGCGCUGCACAUCAUGACUGGUCUCCUUAGCAUCGGCCUGGGGGCCAUACUCAUGAGCAACGGAGGCGUUUCCCGUUGGGAAAUGGAUUUUACGGGUUUUCCUCACUGGUUAGGAGCGCUGUUCAUUCUCUUCGGUAUCAUCUGCAUUUUGUCCGAGAAGUUCCCUAGUCCGUGUCUGGUGCUGGUCAACGUCAUUUUAAACUUUUCAGGAAUCGCCUUCGCCAUCGCCGGCAUUGUCCUUUACUCCAACAACUUGGCCAGAAUCUACCUGUGGGGUUUUUGUGGGAAGUACGAUGAUGAUUAUUAUGUCAGACAGCAUCCCACCCCAGAUCCCGCCGGGGUUAAGUACAAGCUCCGCUGCUUGGAGGGAAAAGACAUGAUUUUGAUGCUGGCGCGAGGCAUCAACGGCGUGGCCAUCGUGCUGUGCGUCCUGGAACUCUGCCUGGUCAUCAGCUCCUUCGUAUUGGCCAUCAAAUCUCUGUGCCGAAGGGGACGCGACGACAACGGGGACGUCCGACAACAGGAGGGUCAUGACCAGCCGGACAGUGUAUACAAGCCGCUCCUGAAUGAAGGCGAGGAGGCCUAAAUGUUCCUCUCUUCCCUCCUCUAAUUGCACCUUAUAUGCUCUUUUGCAUCUUGAAUUUAUAUCAAACUAAAAAAAAAAGUUAUUUUCCAUUUGAUUACAUUUGAUUUAUUAUUGUGUUUAUGUUACAUUUUGGUAUAAGUAAUCACUGGUUGUGUUUUUUUUUUUGUUUUUUUUUUACUCAAUGCUAUCACAUUAGCUUGUCAAGACAUAGUGACAAAUAGUCUUUUUUUCUCUCUGUUUUAGUCCAAGAUAAUUAUGUUUACUGUUAUUCAUUUUUCUAUGUAUGACAAUAUUUACUUUGUUUAUUUUUAUAUUUAAUCCUAAAUGUAAACACAAAUAUUCAAAAAUAACAAUCAUAUCAAAUCACUCUUCUUAUGCAUUACGAUGGCCACUAGAGGGAGACAGUGCGUGUGAUUGGUUUGGAAUGAGGGAGAGACAGCGAGAGCCAAAAGUGGUAUUUAUUUGCCAUGUG